AUGGAUGACAAGCUACUGGAUUUGCAAGUAAGAGUGCCAAAUAAGAGAUUUUGUGGGUCUUCCAAAGGUUGGUUAAUAGUCGUAGAGAAGAAUUUUGCAAUAACCCUAAUAAAUCCGUUCUUCAGGGUCAUAGGGAUGAAAAAGAAAGAAAACUCAACCAUUCGUCUUCCUCAAUUAACUCUUCCAGAUUGGAUGGACGAAGAGGCAUGGGCUGUAGAUUGUAACAAUUAUGUUUUCAAGGCUUCGAUUUCUGCAGACCCAAUAUUAAAUGCAAGCGAAUGCAUUGUUACUCUCAUAGUCGAGGAUAGGUGUCAAUUAGCAUUUAUUAGACUUGGCAAGGACACAACGUGGACUUUUGUUGAUGAAAGGUAUUCGCUGAUUCAAGAAGUUGUCUCCAUUGAGAAUAAAAUUUAUGCGGUCGAUUUUUGGACCAAACUUUUAUCUUUUGAUAUUACUACUCAGUCAUACUCAGAUGUAAAGAUUAGUGCACACGAGAUGAAACAACUAAAGUUAUAUAGAAGCAAGGCAUAUAUCGUGAAUUUAAACGAAGGGGAAUUUAUAAUGGUCAUGAGGUAUUUUGAUUUUGAUCAUGAAGCAUGCACACGCGAGACAACAAACUUCAAGAUUUUCAAAUUGGACUUUGGAAAAUGUAAGUGGAUUCAGAAAAAGACAUUGGGUGAUGUUGCUAUCUUUUUGGGUGAUAACUCUACGAUAUCUGUGUUGGCUUCAGAGUAUUCAGGAUGUCAGCCAAAUUGCAUAUACUUCAACUUUGAUCGAGAAAGAACACAAAAUUACCCAGUCAAACCUCAUGAUUUUGGGGUGUAUAACAUCAAAGAUCGGAGCUUUUCACAGCCUUACACGACAGAUGCAAUGACCCUACUGAAGAUGGCCGAUCGACCACCAAUUUGGGUUCUCCCAACUUUUCAACUGUAA